UAGCAUAGUUUUCUUUUUCUUACAAGUAUAAAGUGAUGCUCUCCUUUUUCAAAGAAAUGGCACACAUGCUGAUGUUCAACCUAACAAACAAUAAUUACCAUGGUGAAGUAAUGAGUAUUAGUCAUUGUUUUGUGGAUAUAAUGAGCACAAAUGAGUACAUGCUGAUUUUGUUAAAAAAAAAAGAAAUUGACGGACUUUGAUUGUCUGAAAUUUGUAGAUCCAUAGAAAAUGGCCUAGUGACCUAUAUUCAUUGCUUUGUUAUCACUUUCUUGUUCAUUUUUUUAUAUUUAGGUCACGCAACACGAAUUUUAAUUAUAUCCACUUUUUUGUAUGUAUUAGUACAUAGGUAGUAAGCACUUCUUAUAAAUAAGAAAAUUACAAAAAAUUAACGUUAUGCUAGGCUGGGGCCUGUGUAGCAUGGACACUUCCUCACUAUCCUUUUCAUAAAUGACAAACAUUCUGGACUUGUUACCACGGCUUUUAAUUUGGUUAAGUUUAGUAAAUAAUGAAUGAACUAUAAAACAGAAAAACAUACCUGUCUGGAGUACAAGGCAAGUCAUUUUCAGAUGAAUGAAUAUUGAUAAGUUACAACGAAAACGUUUGAGUCGUCCACACAGUAUAACUUCAAGUUUUCAUAUGAACCAAACUUAUUGUUACAUCAAAUGAAUGAAGGAAUUAUUUGCAAACUAUAAACAAAUACUCUAUUGUAUCGGAAUCUCUUAGGUAUGAAACAUACUGUAAGAAACUUGUCUCCAUUUUGACGUACACAAAGCUAAAAGACAAUCUUCACUUGGGAUUCAUUCAAAGCGCCUGCAGUUUGGCAGCUAUAUCAUCAUAAUCAGGCAGCUUUGGAUGUAAAUGACUAGCUUUAUUCAUACUAUCCUCUCUGGAAAAUUUGUUCCCACUUUGGAUGUUGCUCCGAACUCUACCUUUUGUCUGAUGGGGCUUCAUGCAUCUCACCACUGUAAAAUUUCCUGGUCAGUUUCUGCGGUACUUGUGUAUCAGCAACAUCAGCAACAUAAGAAUUCAUGACAGGUUUCUGGGGUUCCUGUACUUUAGCACUGAAUGAGUUCCUGCUGGAUUUUCUGUCUGAACCCGAGUCGGAAUUAACAGCUGCCUCAUAGCUCAUUUUAAACUUAGAGGAAAAGUUUGUAUCUAAGCUGGAGGAAGAGGCUUUAGUCCUACGAGAGAAUCCACUACCCAAUUGACUUCUACCAGCAAGAGAUUGCUCUUUAGGACCAACCUCGGAACCACUGCUAUCAGAAUCAAAAUAUGUAGUUGAACCUCUUAUAGACCGAUUCCCCGGGAUCCGGGUACUGAUUUUGGAAGUUAUGAGUUCAAAAUCGGCAUGGAGGAGAUUGCCGACAACUGUAGUAAUGCCAUGGUGAAAUUUGAUAAAAAUUCGCAUGUAUGGAUAACAGCUAGUGCCAUAAAGUAUAAAACAUUUAAAGCGGCGGCCAAUAUGUUUGAUACGCAUCGCACUAUUGUGAGGCACGGGGGUGUUCGUGUUGCACAUCCUAUUGGUUAUACCGAGUUCGAGAGUCAAGGGAUUUUGUUUGUGCAGAGUUUGAACACAUUGACAAAUGUUUUUAGCAAGAGUGAUCCUCUUUGGAAUGAUCAGAAAGGCAAACGUGUGCACUUUGAGGAAAAGUACACGAACAAGUUUGGGCAAAUUCUGCAAGGAUUGAAGUCUAUACAUAAGGAUAAUACAUACCAUGGACGACUUUCAAAAGGGUAUUUGUAUGGAGAGGACGGGAAUAUACUUCUUUAUAAUCUAGAAGAGCAGGAAGUGCUCAGGCCAGAAAAUUAUAUAGAUGAUUACAAGGGUUUUUGCUCCUUGAUUAAAGGUGUUAUCGAUUCAAAUUUGUAUCCACGAAACCUGCCUCCUCACGUUGUACUGUUUUUCAGUAUAGUGAACCGGAAAUGGCCAUUACACCCAUUUCACCCCUUUUUUGGAGCAAUGCCAAAAAGGGUGCUUUCAUCGAUUCGUUGGCUUUGGUGAUGCAACAAGAUAAGCAUUUGGUUGAGAGUGAUUUCAAUUUGCACAAUUAUUUUGGUCGAUGGAAUGCUACUUUUGAUGGAAAGCCCAGAUUUCAUGAGUGCUUUAGCUAUGAGAACAGACACCUUGAUCCAAUGAACUGGUACAGAACCUCUAGUGGCGUUAUUAUAUUUUGAAGAAACUUUAGAGCUUAUUACGGUUUUGCCAGUGAUGUUACUUUGGAACUGGAGACUCAGUUCCCUUAUAUUGUUGCUGGUACAUAUUACGCGUUGGUAAAGGGAGAAGGAGGGUUCAAGGAUAUGAAUUUGAAGUUUGGUCCAGUUCAUCCAGUUGAGGACAAAGAUAUGGGGUCAUGACAUUUCUUAACAAGACAUUGGCUUAUAUUGUGUAGAUAGGAGCUGCAUUCGGGAAAUAUCAUCUCAUAUUCUAAAUCUUUUAGAUUACUUGUAAGUUGUUUAUCGUGAAGCUUGGGUAUAUGAUGAUUAAUAAUGGUAUAAUUAUGAGAGCCAAAAUCAUACACGUGUUGGGAGUUGGGACUGCGGUGGUAAAAAAAAAGUUUAGAGGGUGGGUCGGUGCCUACAAAGAAAAUAGUGGUAUUGAAAUCUCAUCUAAAUGUUAUUAUUGUUUGCGGCAAUAUAUAAAGCUAAUUAAAACCUCA